AUGGCUACCCAUGAUAAGAAUCCAAAGUUGGUUUCUAAAAUUGCCAUUAUAGGCGCUGGAGUAAGCGGCAUAGCUGCUACCAAACAGCUAUCCGAUCACAACCCUCUUGUUUUUGAGGCCUCUGAUUCAAUUGGUGGGGUUUGGAAGCAUUGCUCCUACAAUUCCACCAAGCUUCAGUCACAUAGACGUGACUACGAGUUCAGUGAUUUCCCUUGGCCUCAAAGAGACAAUUCGGAGUUCCCUACCCACUUAGAGGUUUUGGAUUAUUUACACUCCUAUGCUAUGCACUUUGAUUUGCUUAAGAACAUCAAACUCAACUCCAAGGUUGUGGAAAUCCGGUUUGUUGGGUCCCAAGAAGAUGCCCCUCAUUUUGGAGGCUUACCUAGUGACCAUGGAAUCCCACUUCCUGGUCAUCCUGUUUGGGAACUCGCUGUGUUGACCAAUCAAUCACACACCAUUCAGUGGUACGCCUUCGAGUUUGUAGUGGUUUGCACCGGAAAAUAUGGUGACAUACCCAAGAUUCCCAAAUUUCCAUGCAACAAAGGCCCUGAGGUGUUCAAGGGUAGAGUGCUGCAUACCCUUGAUUACUGUAAACUUGACCAGCAAAGUGCUACUAAACUUCUCGCCGGAAAGAAGGUUGUGGUUGUCGGUUUUAAAAAGUCAGCUAUUGAUUUAGCCAUGGAGUGUGCACAGGCAAACAAAGGACCUCAAGGGCAACCGUGCACCAUGCUAGUGAGGACUUCGCACUGGUUAGUUCCUCAUUACUGGAUUUGGGGAUUGCCAUUUUCCUUGUUCUACUCAACAAGAAUUUCUCAGUUCCUCCACGAAAGACCCAAUCAAAGUUUAGUCAAAGCCUUUCUCUGCCUCAUGUUUUCCCCGUUGAGACGUGGAAUUUCGAAGUUUAUUGAGUCCUACUUGUUGUGGAAACUCCCCUUGGAUAAGUAUGGGCUAAAACCAGAUCACCCCUUUGAGGAAGAUUAUGCAUCUUGUCAAAUGGCUAUCGCGCCAGAAAAUUUCUUCUCUGAGGCUAGUAAGGGAAAAAUUGUCUUAAAAAAAGCAUCAAAUUGGUCAUUCUGGAGUGAAGGAAUUGAACUUGAAGACAACACUAAACUGGAGGCUGAUGUAGUGGUUCUUGCAACUGGCUUUGAUGGGAAGAAAAAGCUCAAAAGCAUCUUACCUCAGCCUUUCCGCAAUUUGUUAGAUUACCCAUUUGGUAUUAUGCCCUUGUAUAGGGGAACUAUCCAUCCAUUCAUUCCAAGUAUGGCUUUUGUGGGUUAUAUUCAAAGUGCUUCAAAUCUUCCCACUUCAGAGAUACGCUCGAUGUGGCUCUCUGGAUUAGUAGAUGAAAAAUUUAAGCUCCCGAGUGUUGAGAAGAUGCUUUCACAAACUCUUAAGGAGAUGGAUAUCAUGAAAAGGUCAAGUAGGUUCUAUGAAAGGCAUUGCAUUUCCACUUAUAGCAUCAACCAUAAUGAUGAAAUAUGUGAAGAUAUGGGAUGGAGUUCGUGGAGAAAGAAGAAUUGGAUCACAGAGGCAUUCUGUCCUUAUGGCAGUGAAGACUAUAAGAAAGAAGAUUGA